CAUUUUUCAGCUUCAUGUGCAGUAGAACUAGCAAAAAACAUUAUGGGGGAGUUCAAGCAUUUGGUGAUUGUUAAGUUCAAGGAAGAUGUGGUGGUGGAGGACAUUUUGAAAGAUCUGGAGAAAAUGGUUGCUGAGAUUGAUGCUGUUAAAUCAUUUGAAUGGGGACAGGACUUGGAAAGCCCAGAGAUGCUUAGGCAAGGGUUUACCCAUGCCAUCUUGACGACAUUCGAUAAGAAGGAAGAUUAUACUGUGUUUGUUGGCCACCCUAAACAUCAAGAAUUUUCAGCAACAUUUUCAACAGUUCUAGAAAAGAUUGUGCUGCUUGAUUUCCCGGCUACUCUCGUCAAGCCACCACCCAAGGCACCGGCGGAGGAACCACCAGCUACCCUGAAUGAUCAGAAGUAACUUAAAAAUUGCAAAACUUUGUACCCAAUAGAACGGAAUAUGAUGAAGUAUGCUGCUUCUGCUUGUGUGUGUGUGUAGUUUUUAGUUCUUUUUUCUAUUAAAAUUAUGGAUUCUGUUUAAUUAUGGCGAUGUCAAUGGUUUUUAAUGUAAUUUCAACUUGUGUGAAACUACGUUAUGGUCAUUUUGCCUCUCUUGAGGAUUCAUGAAAGCACAUGUAGCUUA